CUGAACUCUCCCGCUGGUACCGGGGCUCCCGUCCCUCCCCGGGCUCCAGCGGGGCGGUGAUCGGGCGGUACCGGCGGGGUCGGCCAUUGACGGCGACAACCGGGAUUUGAGGCGGGGAGCGGAUCGCAAAACCGGCGGGGACGUACCGGGAGCGCCGCCCCCUCGGGCAGAGCUGCCCCCGCCCCACCGCGCCCCGUCCCCGGAGCCGGAGCCGAGCCCCGGGGCCGCCUCGUCCCCUUUGUGUGCGCACCGCGGCCGGGGCCGCUACCGGGGGGGGGCACCGGGCAGCAGCGGUUGGGGCUUUCAAAUCCUUUUAUUCAUUUUUCGGGGGGGGAUUACGGAUCUGAGGCCACUUUCCGAGCCCGGUGAUCACGGGCGGCGGGAGCGGCCCCGGGGCCCCGGUUCUUCCCCAACCCCAUCCCCGGCGGCCCCAUGAAGGAGCCCGACGCCAUCAAACUCUUCGUGGGGCAGAUCCCGCGGCACCUGGAGGAGAAGGACCUGAAGCCAAUCUUCGAGCAGUUCGGGAAGAUCUACGAGCUCACCGUCAUCAAGGACAAGUACACCGGCAUGCACAAAGGAUGUGCUUUCCUGACCUACUGUGCCCGGGAGUCGGCCCUGAAGGCUCAGAGUGCCCUGCACGAGCAGAAAACCCUCCCGGGGAUGAACCGACCCAUCCAGGUGAAGCCAGCGGACAGUGAGAGCCGAGGAGAGGACCGCAAGCUCUUUGUGGGGAUGCUGAGCAAGCAGCAGGCGGACGAGGACGUGCGCAAGAUGUUUGAGCCCUUCGGGACCAUCGAUGAGUGCACCGUGCUGAGGGGGCCUGAUGGCACCAGCAAAGGCUGUGCCUUCGUCAAGUUCCAGAGCCAUGCCGAGGCCCAGGCUGCCAUCGCCGCCCUGCACGGGAGCCGCACGCUGCCGGGAGCCUCCUCCAGCCUGGUGGUGAAGUUUGCCGACACGGAGAAGGAGCGAGGGCUGCGCCGCAUGCAGCAGGUCGCCAGCCAGCUGGGCAUGUUCAGCCCCAUCCUGCAGUUCGGGGCCUACAGCGCCUACACCCAGGCGCUGAUGCAGCAGCAGGCGGCCCUGGUGGCUGCCCACUCGGCCUACCUCAGCCCCAUGGCCACCAUGGCCGUCCAGAUGCAGCACAUGGGCACCGUCAACCCCAACGGCCUCAUUGCCACCCCCCUGCCCCCCUCCUCAGGAACCAGCACACCGCCGGCCAUGGCUGCCACCCCUGUGCCCACCAUGGCUGCCCCACUGAGCGUCAACGGCUACAGCCCGGUGCCAGCGCAGGCCGCGGGCCCCCCCGCCCCCGACACCGUCUAUGCCGGGGGAGUCCCGCCAGUGCCCCCCUUCCCAGCCCAGAGCCCUGCUGCCCCUGCGGACCCCCUGCAGCAAGCCUACGCCGGCAUGCAGCACUACACAGCCGCCUACCCGGCAGCCUAUGGGCUGGUGAGCCCAGCCUUCGCCCCCCCGGGGCCUCUGCUUGCCCCCCCGCCCCCUCCGCAGCAGCAGCAGCGUGAAGGCCCCGAGGGCUGUAACAUCUUCAUCUACCACCUGCCCCAGGAGUUCGCCGACACCGAGAUCCUGCAGAUGUUCCUCCCCUUCGGCAACGUCAUCUCCGCCAAGGUCUUCGUGGACAGAGCCACGAACCAGAGCAAGUGCUUCGGCUUCGUGAGCUUUGACAACCCGGCCAGCGCCCAGGCUGCCAUCCAGGCCAUGAACGGCUUCCAGAUCGGGAUGAAGCGGCUCAAGGUGCAGCUCAAGAGGCCCAAAGAUGCCAACCGGCCCUACUGAGCCUGGUCCAGAGGCUCUGGAGCAGCACCCAUGGGUGCCCCUCACCCUGAAGAGCAAUCCCCCCCCCAGCACUGCCCACAGAAGGGGGCUUGCUCUUGCUGGGGAUGGGGGACACAGCCCCCCACAUGCUCAGGAAGGAUGGACACCCCCCC